CGGUUUCAUUCAAUUGCAGCCUCUGAUCUUAAGCAGCCGGCUAAGACAAAGGACACGAGAAAACGCUAAUCAUUCCAAAGCAAAAGCGGAAGGAGAUAGAGAGAGAAAAAGGAAGAACAAGAAAGAGAAGAAACUCAAGGGCAGAAGAAGGGUUUCUUUUCUUUCUUCUCUUCACAGGUUUCAGAAAGAAAGAAAGAAAGAUGCAACCCCAGAGGCAGACAAGUGAACUACAACAAGUGGGUUCAGAUCAAUCGGUUGGUCAAAUCUCUGGGACCGUUAGCUUCAACGGUAUCUUGACUGCAGAAGAUGAAGAGAUUUCAAAAUCAGCUCUUUCAACUUUCAGAGCUAAGGAAGAUGAGAUCGAGAAGAAGAAAUUGGAGGUGAAAGAAAGAGUUCAACUUCAGUUAGGCCGGAUCGAAGAAGAAACUAAACGUUUAGCCAUUAUUCGUGAGGAACUUGAAGGGUUGUCCGAUCCGAUGAAGAAAGAAGUCUCUGUUGUUCGAAAGAGGAUUGAUGUAGUGAACAAAGAGUUGAAACCAUUGGGUCAGGCUUGCCAGAAGAAGGAAAAGGAAUACAAAGAAGCUCUUGGUUCUUUCAAUGAAAAGAACAAGGAGAAAGUUCAGUUAAUUUCAAGAUUGAUGGAGCUGGUGAGUGAGAAUGAGAAAACCACUAUGAAGAAGCUGGAAGAGAUCAGCAAGAGCAUAGAAUAGAUAGUUGAAUUGAAGAAGAUGAUGAUGAAGAAGAUGAAGAUGUUGAUGAUGAUGAUAGUGGAUAACCAACCAACCAAACCUGAUUGCAGAUUAAACUGAUUAGGGCAGGGAAGGGAAAUUUUCUAAGUGUGUUUUUUGGGUGUAUGUAUUUAGGGGGUGAAGACUUGUGUCUAAUAUUUACAUAUGUUUGCUUCUUUUAGGGGCUGGUUUGUAUUUUAUGUGUUUUCUUUUCA